GCGUCAAGCAAAGGAGCGACUAAUUUCUAGAAGAAGUACCUAGCAUGUGCUACCUAGCAUAUGCUACAAAAACUGUAGAUUGGGAAACCUCGACUUCUCGACGGAAAAAUAAGACUACAUAAUUCAUAUCCACAAGAACGAAGUACAUCAUCAUUAAUUUAACAGAACGAAAAGAUGGCCUUCCGUUUUCGUCGUGAGGGCAACUAUGUGAAACAUCGGAUUCAUAUGGAUCGGAUGGGCAUGCAGCCGUGGCUAGAGGACUUCAAAUGGCGCGUCACAGACUUCCAAUAUCACUGGUACAUGGGUCCGAAAGCAACCGCAGCAAUCCGACAAAAUACGAAAUUGAGCAUAUUUGGCGCAAGUGGAGAGAUUGGGCCGUCGUCUAGUUCUCGAUCGUUUGAGGAGAAGGACUGUGAAGAAGAUAGAACUUCCUCUGUCAUCUCAACGAGGAGACCAGAAGCAAAUACCCCACGACAUGGUCCUCGACGUGAGUGGCUAGGCAGAAACAUAGCUCUGCGAGCAUUCAUUCCUAACAUCGUACCACAGCGAAGACAAACCAAUCCCUUUUGCCUAUCAUCGAGCAAUACAACGGGAUGGGUCGAAGCUCGGUCGAAAAUAAGUCUCUUAAAUGAAACAAAACCACGUACGAAACAUGAGAUAUCGGGUACUGAUGAUAAGAUACCUGAAAUGCCUAAAUACAGGUAGAUGAAACAGACGUUUGGAUUUGUCAAUAUCAUACACCUCCUCUUCCGAUAUUUUGAUGAUAUGGUCUCCUUUACAAGAUACCUGCGUCUAGGUGAAAUGAUUGAGACUGAAGAUGCAAAAAGUUGAUCUGGG